CUGGUAUUAUGGCAGAAUCACCAGAGCUGAUGCGGAGAAGCUUUUACUGAAUAAACAUGAAGGGGCAUUUCUGAUUCGUGUCAGCGAGAGUUCUCCGGGUGACUUCUCGUUGUCAGUUAAGUGCGAAGGUGGAGUCCAACAUUUCAAAGUCUUGCGGGAUCCACAGGGCAAGUUUUUCUUGUGGGUUGUCAAGUUUAAUUCACUCAAUGAGCUCGUUGAAUAUCACAGAUCUGCAUCUGUUAGCCGUGCCCAUGAUGUUAAACUGAAGGACAUGCAUCCAGAAGAGUUUUUGGUUCAAGCUCUCUAUGACUUUCAACCCCAGGAACAAGGGGAACUGGAAUUCAGACGAGGGGACAUCAUCACCGUCAUUGAACAUUCAGACCCCAACUGGUGGGAUGGAGAGAUGGGAUCGAAACGAGGAUUUUUUCCUGCAACCUACGUUGUCCCCUAUCAUACGUAGUUUGAUCGUAGUUGUAUGUGUGGUGUUUCCACAGUUAAAAAAACACUAACUUCUCUUACAGAUAACUAGUAAUAGUAUUCGUGUACUUAAUAUAUUUUAAAAUUACUUUUUUUUUUAUAUAAAGCUUUGUCGUUUUUUUUUAAUCCCAAAAUAAUAUUUUUUAUUUAUUGUUUAUUUUUGUACAGAAUUUAAUUGGUUUUAGUAAUCAUUUUAAAUGUUUGCAGUUUUUGUUAGUUUCUUAGCAUUGUCUGAUACUUCUCUGGCAUACUUAAACUUUCUGCCCAGGUAAUAGGAUUGAUUUUUGUUUUGUAUAUUUGCAACAAUGUGUGUGUAUGAGGAUUGAACUUUUCCUUGCUUGAAAAAAAAAUUAAUAAUUUUGUAAGUUAGUCACUUUUCGUUUUGUAAACGACCUCUAUAUCACUGUAAAAGUGUUAAUGGACUUUACUAAUGAAUAAUUAUUUUGAAUAACGUAUCUCGAUAUCAAAUCAUACAUCUGUAAUGAAAGUAUUGUGUAUGAAUUAUAUUAGAGACAGGAGGGGGGGUUAACGUAGAUGUAAGAUGGACUGGAGAAGUUGUGUAUGAAUUAUAUUAGAGACAGGGGUUUUUAACUAGAUGUAAGAUGGACUGGAGAAGUUGUGUAUGAAUUAUAUUAGAGACAGGGGGGUUUUAACGUAGAUGUAAGAUGGACUGGAGAAGUUGUGUAUGAAUUAUAUUAGAGACGGGGGGUUUUAACGUAGAUGUAAGAUAGACUGGAGAAGUUUCACGUUUAUGUUUUAUUAUCAUUAUAUGUAUGUAUCUAUCUAUGUAUGUGUGUCAAUAUUGCUAAUAUACGUUUUGUGAGCUUGUAAAGAAACUUGUAUGUAUUUUAACCUUAAUAUAUUUAUCAUUAAUGACUAAAAGGUUAAGAAGGCUAGAGGUAAAUGUGAUGAGAGAAAUGUUUUAUUUGAGUUUACUUAGGACAGACAGACUUGAUGAAAUUAAAGUUAACUUCUGAAUCUUGUAAACUAUGAAGUAUCUCUAUACUUGGGAUUCUGUUUGUGAUUAGUGGUAUGGAGACGUAUACAACAACAAAAUAGGGUGUUUAGUGUGCCAACAGCUGGGUGUUUCCUGGUGUUUAGCAUGCCAACAGCUUGGUGGUUAGUGUGCCAACAGCUGGGUGUUUCAUGGUGUUUAGCAUGCCAACAGCUUGGUGUUUCAUGGUGUUUAGCAUGCCAACAGCUGGGUGUUUCAUGUGCCAACAGCUGGGUGUUGCCUGGUGUUUAGCAUGCCAACAGCUGGGUGUUUCAUGGUGUUUAGCGUGCCAACUGCUGGGUGUUGUCUGGUGUUUAGCAUGCCAACAGCUGGGUAUUUCCUGGUGUUUAGCAUGACAACAGCUGGGUGUUUCCUGGUAUUUAGCCUGCCAAUGGCUGGGUGUUUCCUGGUGUUCAGCAUGCCAAUGGCUGGGUGUUUCCUGCUGUCUAGCAUUCUAAUGGCUGGGUGUUUAGUAUGCCAACCUGUGAAUCCAUAAGUCCAUUGUUCAUGUCCUAUGGUCAUUAAAAUUACACUGCACUUUGGAGUGUUUUAAUAAGAGUGACAGUGAAAUCCUGCUUUGACUAGAGAAACCCUAGAGCCUCCUCUGGGUGAUUUUUGACUAGCUGCUGUCCCUCUAGUUUACAACUCAAAUUAGGGAUAGCUAGUCCUUGUGUAGCUUUACACGAAUGUCUGACACAAACCAACCAACUUUCUAUUGACCCACCUUAUAUUCAGAAGAGAUUUGUCCUUUUGUUUCAUAAAUAGUUGGUACAGUUUUUAAUUUCUGUACUUAAAUAAACUUGGUGACUUUGAAUAAAAUGUAAUAUUUAGUAGUACUUUUUCAUAUUUAAGGGUGGGAUUCACAAGGAAAACUUAGAGAAAUCAGCUUUUAACUGCGUUUUGAUCAUGGUAUUGUUAAUUGUCUCCCCCUUCUUUAAAUGUUUAAUUUGAACGCCAUGAAUUGUUUCAAAAUGUGUUAUCUUUCUCUUACACGUUCUCCAGAAAUAAACGGUUGUAAAAUUACUAUAGAAUCAAAGUUUUCCAGCUCAACUUAUUUUACUCAGUUAUUAACUUUUUUGUUUUCUUGUUUCUAAUGGUUACAGUGAAGUGCUAGCUCUAUUAAUAUUUGUAAGGGGGUUAGGGAGAAUAAACUCAAAUGGAUGGUGAAUAAUAUUUUUAUAUAUGUAUCGUAACAGUACAGAAAUAUAAGAUGUGGCAUAAAUAAGCUUGAGCAUGAAUUCCUUCCAAAAGUAAUUAAAUAGAUUAAACUAAUUGAGUUGAAACGUUUAUCACUGUAAGUUAUCAUCUAAACUACAUUUAAUAUUACAAUAUUCUUCCUGAUAGGAUCAAAGUUUUUUAAAAGUCUUAUCUAGAAAGGUGCGGUAGACCUCUGGUUUUGGAAUUGGUGAGUUGGAUUGGAACCUAGAAUUUGUAGCUUUGCUAUAAAUACAAAUGCUCUUGUUUAAAAUUAAGAUAUUCUAAAAAUAAUAAACAUAAAUUUUAAUUUAAAAAAAUUGUCUAUUGUUUAAACUCCAAAGUCCUGAACAAUCAUAUCAUUUACGUACAGUUUAAUAAUGUGUAUAUUUUAACUACAUUAACAAAUAUUAAUAUUUCUUUAGAGUGUGUAGUAUGUGACAGUAUAUACAAUUUUUUGUUGACUGUCAGCUUUAUUUAAUACGCACUCUCUCUCUCUCACAGCUCGAAAAGCUUUUUUUUUCAACGUAGGUGAAACCUUAACAAUAUAAUUAAAUGUUUAUAAAGAUUUGUACUGGAACAAAGUGUAAAGUUUGGAUGUUUUAUUAUGAAAUUUAUAGAAAGAUAUUUUUGAGAUUUUGUUUUAUUAACACGUGCUUUAUUUUAAUAAAAAAUCUGGUAUUUUAGGUGUACAAAAAAUUUUAUAUUUUUCAGUGGCAUUUGUAUUCUGAUAAUGACAAUAAUUAUCAUUUGACACAUUGUUAAAACUGGAUACUCAAGUACUUAAUGAUGAUAAUUAUCAUUUGGCACAUUGUUAAAACUGGAUACUAAAGUACUUAAUGAUGAUAAUUAUCAUUUGACACAUUGUAUAAAACUGGAUACUCAAGUACUUAAUGAUGAUAAUUAUCAUUUGGCACAUUGUAUAAAACUGGAUACUCAAGUACUUAAUGAUGAUAAUUACCAUUUGGCACAUUGUAUAAAACUGGAUACUCAAGUACUUAAUGAUGAUAAUUAUCAUUUGGCACAUUGUUAAAACUGGAUACUCGAGUACUGAAUGCUUAACGAUAUAAUGUUCAAAAGUUGUGCUAUAUUAAAGGUCUUGACUGUAUUUAAGUUUGUAUAGUCUUUGUGUUUUUCUCAUACCUUUUGAAGAUUGUAAUAAUUUUCAUUCAAGAUUGUUAACUUUGUAAGUAAAAUAAAACGUGUUUUUCAUUCUGUUAA